UCAACUUGCAGGCAGUCACAAAUUAAUCAAAUUUUACAAUGGCUGCGUUCGCGAAAUUUUACCUAGUUUUAAUAUCGUGUUUGGCUUUUUGCCUGGCUGGAAUCCUGGCUAUACAUCCAACUCCGCAGGAAGCCGAGGAGAAUAUGUCCAGGUUUAUGAAAGUGCUUCGCCAGGAGCAGUUUAGUGCCGGCUCGCCGCGAUUUAACGAUGUGCUGGGCAACGCCAGGACUAUAAUCGAAUACCAGGAUAGGGGAUUCAUUGGAGUGCGCAGCAUUUUCCAGUGGAUGACCAGUCCCAAUCCGCGCAACGAUGGCGUCUAUAAUUUCCUACAGUUCUACACCAGCGAAUCGAGUGGAUAUAUAGGCAUACAGAAUUACGAGAAGAGCUCCAAAUAUACGAUUCUGUUUUCCGUUUGGGAUGCAACAUCUGCCAGUCCGGGUGGUAAUUUCGAGUGCAGCACCUUUGGAGGCGAGGGCAUCGGGUAUAAGUGCUUCAAUGGCACUUUCCCGCUGAUCAGCAAUGCCAUUUACUUUCUGGACGUGCAAAUCGAGGGUUCCACCUUCAAAGGAUACAUAUCAGAGCCGCAGGAGAAUCUGGACAGCGUGACCAGCGAUCAAGUGACCCGUCAUUUAAUUGGCGAGAUCACCACCCCACAUGCCAAGUUGACUAACCUCAUACCCUUCGGCUAUUACAAUGAGAACUAUCGGGAUAAGGACACCUGCAGGGAGGCCUUCGAACUGGUCACCGUCAAUCAGGCUCCGCAUCAAUAUACGAAACACGGCCAUGCUAAUACCAAAUUCACAGAGGCUUACCUCUACAAUUCCGAGUGCGAGGUGGAGAACAUUUUGGUGGCCCUCACGGCGGACAAGAAGAGCACCAUCUACUUCACCAGGCCCACUGCAUUGGAUCUGUACAAUAGAGCAUAAAAUCAAGUACUUAUUGAUUUAAUUUGGUUAUAUUUUCAUGCUUUUAUAUACAUUUUUUUUUAACC